GAGAAUCGUCAUAACCUCGAAACACCGCAAAGUAUUUUUAAAUGACAUACACCAAGAGCAUCAAUAUUAAAACCAGUGUAAUUUUGUUGUUAAAUAGCAAAGCGGUACGAAAACAUAAAAAAUGAUAGGUCCCUUGAAAUUAUCGACAAGUAUCCUUGUGACAACUUCGACAACACUUUUAAAUCAAUCGUUUAAUGUUCUCAAUCAACAAACAAGAAAUGUAGUUCUAUUGAGAAGGAUGUAUCCGAUCAGUCUUAUAAAAAAGGGAGGCAAGGUUCCCAAGAUGAAGCAUAGACAGUUUAUUUAUGAAGUAAUAGAAAAUACAAACACUAGGCCAAAGAAACCAAUAGAUAUGAUAUUAACUCAAUUUGUAGAGGGUGUCGGAGAAAAAGGUGAUAAAAUCAGUUUGAAACCUAUGAAAGCAUACAGAGACUUUUUGCUGCCAGGUUUGGCAGUUUAUUCAACACCAGAAAAUAUAGAAAAAUAUGCAAGUGUUGUUAAAGAAGAAAAAAUAUACAGCUCUAAAACAGCUCCAUUGACACAAAAAUGCUUGACGCCCUUUAAUUUAAUAGUAACCAUGUCUGUCGAUCAGCCUUGGACUCUUGAAAAAUGGCAUAUUAGAGCAAAUUUCAGAAAAGCAAGGGUUCAUGUGACUGACGAGUCAAUAACAAUGCCAGAGAAAGAAAUAAAAGGUCCUAAUUUGGAUUUAGAAGGUAAAGAGUUUUAUGUUACUGUAACCAUCAAUAAUACCGAAUCUGUUAAAGUUCGAUGUACACUGCACCACGAUUCAGCUGACAUGUCUAAGAAACUUGAUCUUCCACCUGAAUUUUGGAAAAUUCCUGGCAAAGCUAUAUUUGAAGAAGAUCAAGAAAUUUUAGAUUCAAUGCCGAGAACUGUAGAAGAGGCCCAAAAGAUGAGACAGGCAGCUUUAUCAUGAUUUUAUUAUUUGUUAAAUAUUUUUUAAAACCAAUAAACAAUCGCA